AUGUCGCGACAUCAUCCUGAUCUCGUUAUGUGUCGGAAACAAUCGGGAAUUUCUAUCGGACGGCUGUGUGAUAAGUGCGAUGGAAAAUGUCCUGUAUGUGAUUCAUACGUCAGACCGACAACUUUGGUUCGCAUAUGUGAUGAGUGUUCCUUUGGAAAUUAUCAAAACAAAUGUGUUGUCUGUGGCGGAGAGGGCAUAAGUGAUGCCUUUUACUGUUUUGAGUGUACACGACUUGAAAAAGACCGUGAUGGGUGUCCCAAAAUUAUAAAUCUGGGUAGUUCACGGACAGAUUUGUUUUACCAAAAAAAGAAUUUCAGAAAUCACUAUCAAUAG